UCUCGCAGUCGUAAAUGUGAUGAAAGCCGAUGUGUCUACGUGACUUUUUUAAUGUAGGAGAAUUCUAGCAUUAAGUAAACAUUUAGCAAAUAAUGGAUGAAAACGAAUUCGCACAUAGAGCUCGAAAAAGAAUAAAAGAAGUAAAAAAGAAAGCUAGACCAGAACUGAACACAAAAGAGUCAUGGAAGCAGAUCGGCUACGCUGCAGACUUUGAAAGAUUUAAAGACUUCACUGAUAAUUGCGAUAGAAUAGACCAAUCAACAUGUUCACAAAGAGAAUUUAUAUCCCAAUACGAACUUCCCUAUAAGCCCGUCGUGAUUACAGGGUGCCAAAACGGCUGGAAGGCCAAGGAGAAAUGGACUUUAGAAAAAUUAGCUAGGAAAUAUAGAAACCAAAAAUUCAAGUGUGGCGAAGACAAUGAAGGUUAUAGUGUUAAAAUGAAAAUGAAGUAUUAUAUACAUUAUAUGCAAAACACUAAAGAUGAUAGCCCUUUAUAUAUAUUUGAUAGUAAUUAUGGAGAGCAUAGACGUAGAAGAAAGUUAUUACAAGAUUAUGAAGUACCACUCUACUUCAAAGAUGAUUUAUUGAAGUAUUCAGGAGAGAGUAAACGACCUCCUUAUAGAUGGUUCGUAAUGGGACCUGCUAGAUCUGGAACUGGGAUACACAUUGAUCCACUUGGUACUAGUGCUUGGAAUGCUCUUGUAAUUGGACACAAAAGAUGGUGCUUAUUUCCAACUCACACCCCAAAAGAUAUUCUAAAAGUUACCCUACCGAUUGGGGGAAAGCAACGCGACGAAGCAAUCACAUGGUUCAAUGUAAUUUACCCAAAAACGAAAAAACCGACUUGGCCCAUGAACUGUAAACCCAUAGAAAUUCUCCAAAAACCAGGCGAGACGGUUUUUGUACCAGGAGGUUGGUGGCACGUAGUCCUAAAUCUUGAUACCACUAUUGCAGUUACUCAAAAUUUCUGCAGCAGAACCAACUUUCCAGUAGUCUGGCACAAAACAGCUAGAGGACGCCCAAAGCUCUCUCAUAAAUGGCUCAAGACGCUGAAAGAGAAGGAGCCUAAUUUAGCUGCUUUGGCUGAUAGGAUUAAUCUAGAAAAACCAUCUGGAGUUGCUUCAGAUAGCUCAAGUAACUCGUCAUCUAGCUCUAGUUCUGAGUCUGACAGUUCGAAUUCUGAAGAUGAUGACAGUGGACAGGAGUCAAUAUCUGCCAAGAAAAAGAGGAGAAAGUCUGAUGUUGAGAAUGAAAGCAACAGGAAAAGAGUGAAUAACGCUUCUCCAACAUCCUGGUCGACGAGCGGGACUUCCAUAUCACCCCUGAAUCCAUCAGGGGAGGACAAAGUUUGAUAUCAAAUGUAUAAGGGUAAAACAAGACUUCGCCUUUGUACCAUUUUGUAAUUGAGAGAUCCAAACGGACAUAUUUUCUUACUAAUUCUUGAACUAGCGAUCAGCUGAGAUCGAUACCAGGUAUUAUUUUGUACAUGUUGAAUAUUUAAAUAAAUGACAACGUU